CGAAAGCCAAGCACUGGAAUACAUUUGAGCCGACGUGACGUCCAGAGCCCAGCAAGGCCGAUCUGUGGGGUGGGGGGUGGGGACUCCAAAGCGUUUUGCUCGGUGGAGCCUGGGCUCUGGGAAGGGGCUCGCCUUGGCAGACUUUCAGGAGUGCCAACUUGAAUCAAAUACGGAGGGAGGGGCAAAGAAGUCGCGCCCCACAUAAUCGAUCACAAGACGACACGGCACACCAUUUGAAUGGACACUGGCCAUCCACUGGGGGGGGACGGACCACCCCCUCAAAUAGGGGGCGGAGGGACCUCGACCCCUAGCAGUUGGCUCCUGGGGACGCUUCACCCUCUUCCGGAACCCAGAAGUCUACCAAUGACCCCAACCCUGCCCCUAACGCAGAUUCCCCCCCCCCCUUCCCUCCAGCCGUCUGGCAAACGACGGAAGCAGCAGCCGCCGCAGCCUUCUCGCCCUGUUCAAGAACCAGGCUGCUCUGAACUUAACCUACGCGAGGUUGCGCGCGGCGGGGAGGGUGGGGGUUGUGUUGCGAGUUUAAGCAGCGCUCCGAUCCGCCGCUCUUUCCCCCUCCCUCUCCUCCCUCUCCCUCCUGCCUCCCUCACACGCUUGUGUUUAGUGCUGUCGUAAAACCCACGUGUCUCUCCCGGAGGCUGCCAGAGCGCCGAGCGCAGCGGAGCACCGCCGCUCCUGCCGUAGAGCGCCGCGGCGAGAGCCAGCGAGGAAGACGCCGGAGAUCUCCACGCGGGACAGCCUCCCCACGUCCCCGCCGUCCGAACCCCGCUCGGGCGCCUCUCCCGCUGCUUGAGCGGAGCUUUUCGGGAACACCAUCUCUCCAGCACCCCCCCCUUCCCCACCGCCCCCACUUUCCUUCCCCUCAACGACCCUGGAUCUCCUCGGGGAGAGAAGAGCCCUGCGCGCCUUCAGAUCCGGGUAGCCCACAAAGAGAUCCAGGUAAAAGAGAGGCGGGCGGGAUUAUAGAUGGCUGGGGGGUCAGGGUAAGAGAUCUGGCGGGAUCCUUCGCCUCCUGCUCAAGUUGCCUCGCCGCGCGCCAACUUCUUUCCGGGACGCUGGCGGCGCGCUUUCCCCUUUCGCUUUGCGAUCUUCGGUCCCUGGAAGUCCGCGGGACUUCCCUUGCCCUAGAACUUGGCAGGAUGGGACGGUCCGGGGUGGGGCGGCGGAAGGAGGUGGGUAGUUCAAAGGCGAUCCAGAAUGUUACUCGCCUGGGAGCAAUUUGGGGGUGGGGAGGCCAGAUCCCUGGCAAGAGUGGGUGCCCCGGGGUCGCUUUCCUCCCCAUCCCCCCCCCUGAAACUCAGGAUCGCGGCAGAUGCUGAGCCGUUGGCGGGCACCAAAUGCGCCUCCUCUCCCUUGCGGAGCGGCUGCUGAGAGGGUCGAAGUCCGUCGGGAGUAGCAUCCUUGGCCGUCUUCAGACUCUGAGCCGGACGCCUUGCGGAGCGCAAAGUCCCGACGGCGCCUCUCACGGCUCUUUCUCUCCCCUCUCCCUCUCCUCCUUCCUCUCCUCCAGGCUCGCAGAGAUGCUGAAGCCCGGCGAUCCCGGCGGAUCGGCUUUCCUCAAGGUGGAUCCCGCGUACCUCCAGCACUGGCAGCAGCUGUUCCCGCACAGCAGCCAGCAGCUCAAAGGCGGCGCCGGGCUGCUAGGGCACCUCCAGGCGCCCGAAAGAGCCGUCGAGCCCCAGGCUGACAGCCUCCGCCCGCUGCCGGCCUCUCUCUCGUCGGCGGCGUCCUCGUCCUCUUCCUUGUCCUCCUCUUCGUCGUCUUCUUCCUCCUCCUCCUCCUCCACCCCGUCGUCCGCCCCGUCUUCGUGCGCCGUCGCCUCCCUGGCCAGCUUGACUGCGCUGCCGGUGGCGCAGAUCCCCGUCUUUGGACCGAUUCAGAGCACCGAGUCCCCGCCGGGAGCCCCGGUCGCCCUCCUGCAGACCAAGGACCUGGGCGGAGGCAGCGGGGUGGCCAAGGGCGGCGAGAGGGCGCCGGCCCGGUUUCGCUGCACCGCCGAGGAGUUGGACUAUUACCUGUAUGGGCAGCAGCGCAUGGAGAUCAUUCCGCUCAACCAGCACACCGGGGACCCCAACAACCGAUGUGACAUGUGUGCAGAUAAUCGUAAUGGAGAGUGCCCCAUGCAUGGCCCUUUGCACUCUUUACGCCGUCUGGUGGGCACUAGUAGUGCUGCUGCCGCCGCCCCUCCACCUGAGAUUCCUGAGUGGCUUCGGGAUCUGCCCCGGGAAGUGUGUCUGUGCACCAGCACUGUGCCUGGUUUGGCCUAUGGCAUCUGUGCUGCUCAAAGGAUUCAGCAGGGCACCUGGAUCGGGCCUUUCCAGGGAGUUCUCCUUCUGCCAGAAAAGGUGCAAGCAGGAGCCACAAGGAACACCCAACACCUCUGGGAAAUAUAUGACCAAGAUGGGACACUACAGCACUUUAUUGAUGGUGGGGAACCCAGUAAGUCAAGCUGGAUGAGGUAUAUUCGAUGUGCAAGGCACUGUGGGGAGCAGAACUUAACUGUAGUCCAGUACAGGUCAAAUAUAUUCUACAGAGCUUGCAUGGAUAUUCCCAGGGGCACAGAGUUGUUGGUCUGGUAUAAUGACAGCUACACAUCUUUCUUUGGAAUCCCGUUACAGUGCAUUGCACAAGAUGAGAACUUGAAUGUCCCUUCAACUGUAAUGGAAGCCAUGUCAAGACAAGAUACCGUGCAGCCAUUUAACAAAAGUAGCAAACUACCCUCUGCCACUCCACAGCGGUCCAUUGUAUUUCCACAGACUCCGUGUAACAGGAAUUUCUCUCUUCUGGAUAAAUCAGGCUCUAUCGAAUCAGGAUUUAACCAGAUCAGUGUAAAAAACCAGCGAGUCCUUGCAAGCCCUACAUCAACAAGCCAACUAAAUUCAGAGUUCAGUGACUGGCAUCUUUGGAAAUGUGGGCAAUGCUUUAAGACUUUCACCCAACGGAUCCUCUUACAGAUGCAUGUGUGCACACAGAACCCUGACAGAAAUUCCCAACAAUCCCAUUUGGGGGGCUCCAGAAAGGGGCCCUAUCAGUGUGGACACUGCUCCCAAUCCUUCUCCCAACCUUCAGAGCUACGGAACCACGUAGUCACCCAUUCCAGUGACAGACCUUUCAAGUGUGGCUAUUGCGGUCGUGCCUUUGCUGGUGCUACUACACUCAACAAUCAUAUCCGGACACAUACAGGGGAGAAGCCCUUUAAGUGCGAGAGGUGUGAGAGGAGCUUCACACAAGCCACCCAGCUGAGUCGACACCAGAGGAUGCCCAAUGAGUGCAAGCCAAUAACAGAGAGCACAGAAUCAAUUGAAGUGGAUUAACUGAUUGACUGGUUGGAAUUAAACUGCAAGGAAAGUCAUGAUUAAAUGUCACGGACACUUAAGCAAAACCAAAGAUUUCCUCUGAGCAACUUUCAAUCAGUCCCAGAAAACCAAGAGCAGUAAUAAAAUAAGUAAGAUGUUAAGAGAUAUUGAUCCUGGCGUGGAAGUGAAACCAGGAAAGAGAUUAUUUAUUUAUGACUAGGAAUGAGACUGAUUUCCAUGGACAAGGAACCCGGGCCUGCUAGCAUCCUAGCCUCCCACCCCACCAUGUAUUGCUUUAUUUCUAAAAAGCUUUUAUAAUUGUUAUUUAAUACCAAAGCAACAAAGAUCAAGGGUUCUUCAGCCUAUAGCUGUGGCUAUGAAUGCACACGGACUUGUUUAUGAUUGCACCUUUUCCUCUAGCAUGACUCAGUGGACCUAGAGGUAUCUUGUUUCCUUGGUCCCAUUGGGUUGCAUUGCUCUUGACUUGGCUGUUAUUUUUAUUUUUUAAAAAGUGGUCUCUGAAUGACAAGAGAAUGAAGACGAUCCGGAACCAUCUUUGCGUUGGUGUCAGAACUCCUCCAACUAAUGGACAUUUUCAUUCCCAUGGUUUCAGAACUCACAUUUUGUGCACUUUUUUUGUAUAAAUGUUUUCAUUAGCCAGUGUUGCAUUGGCCCAGGAGAUCCCAGAAAUGUUAAAUAAACUUGGUCCUAUAUAUAUAUAUAUAGAUAUAUCUGUAGAUGUAUAUGCUGUUAAAACAAAACAAAACCCUCCGAUGCUGUAAGGAAAGCAUUUGAAAUAUGUAGAAUUUUCAAAUACUAUACCUCUUUUAUGAACGUCAUAUUAUUCACAGGUUGUGAACAGUUUCAGUGAAACAUUAACACUCUUAUCUAAAGGUAUCAUGCUUGAAAGCAUAAAUGUUAAAAUGGAAUAGCAAGAGAAGCAGUCUUCAGUUUGAUUGUAAAAGUUAGAAACCUUUAAAAAGAAAAUGAAAAAUCAACAGAAAUCAUCCAGGUUUAAAAUUUUCAAAAACAUCCAGGCAUUCACACAACAUAGAAGAAACUUCACAUAAUAGGGGUACGUCACAUGAGUAACUCUGUUCCUAUUUCAUAAUGUGCAAUAUCCUUUAAUACAGGCAAACUAGAUAGUUGUUACGGGCUAUAUAGCAAUAAUAUAGUUCCUGAUUUUGCUAAAAUGAACUCAGUAAUUUGAUUCCCCUCUCCCCCCAAUUAUCUCCCAACCCACACACUGGGCCUAGGAGCCUAAGCACUGUACUGAUCAAAGACUCACCAGAUCUAAUGUAUACACAGCGCUUUCAAGUAAUUUCCUAGUUUUCUGCAAUGCAGAGCACAACUCCAAGCCCCUUGGGGGUGUUGCAGCAGUGAUGUGCAGCCAAUUCUAUGCAUAUUUACUCAAAAUAAAGUUUGUGCUCACUGGGGCUUGCUUCUGGGUAAGCAUGCAUAGGAUUGCAACUUUUAGGUAUGCCAAUUUUCAGUUGACAAUGAAACAGGACGUGUGGCGACACCAGUGAAAUAGAAUAAAAUACACACUCUGAAAUUAAAGUUGGAGGUAGUAUUUUAAGCACCAGUUCCUCCUAUAUUUCUUCCUUGUCCUGGGUUUCUGUGUCUUUAGGACUAGUACAAUAUUAAAGCUUUGAUCUGCAAUGCUGACUUAUAAAAAACAACAACUUGUAAAAAC